UACUUAAUCAUUGACCAUUCUAAAAAAGCAUCCAGGCAUGCCAGUUCAUCAUCGUUGUAUCAUUGUCCAAACCAGAUAAAUCCUCAUUCAGAUUAUUGUAUUAUUAUGGCAGGUUCGCCUUUACGCAAUUCCUCCAGUUUUAUUGAUCAUUCCUUCGACUCUAUACCCAACGCUUCUCAUUCAACUUCCACCACGGCCUCAUCUACCUCCACAUUGGAUCGAUGGCAGCAGAUGCAGUCUCCGCAUGCCGCCAAACGCCAACAAACGCAAGCAGAACGAUUAAGAGAAUUAAGGGAACUUGAAGAGCAAGUUGCCAAUGCGUCCAACUGGAAUCAACGAAGAAAGGAGCUGGUUUCCACUCCUCCUAACCGACGCCGUCCAACCUCCUUUCAUGAGGAUUUAGACGAUACCACCCUCCAUAAAGUCAGAGAGAAACGACGAUCGAAAAUCACCGGUUAUCCCAGCAUGAACAGUGAUCUGCAUGAUCGUUCGGAUACUUGGAUAUCAUCUAGAGGAACCGCGGCCUACGGUCAGCUGGAGAUGACGGAUGAAAAGGAUCAUGCAGGAUACGGGAGGAAAAAAACUGGUCUGUCGACAUCAUCUGCAGGAACGCUGUCACCGACCUCACCCGUUCGAACUUGGGAAAAAAUGGAUCUACGUGAUGCCAGUUUGGAGGAUUUGGAAGGGUUAAUUGCUGCAUCCGCACAACGAUUAGCUAAUUAUCGAUUAAAGUUGGAAAACACUCGAAGUCGUACCUUAUCCUCCACUUCAGCCGCCGAUGGCCCCAUGGCCACCACCGCUCCCACCCCGGGUUCCGCCACCAUCGGCAGUCGAACCCAGAAACUGAAUGAUAUUGGUCGAUUAAAAGAGUUGCUAGGCGCAGGUUCAUCGCGGCAUUCAAGACAUGAUCGAAAUCCGGCGGGGGAAACCAAAGAGGAGGAAGGGUUCAAAAAGACACAGAUCGAUGGUGAUACGUUGAUCUCACCUACCAAAAAGUUUGCUUCCACCUUGGCCAACUACGCUUCCAAGCACCAUGCGGCGACCGAUCCCUUCAGUCCCGAUCAUCCUGCACCAAAACCAUCCACGUCCCAACUACGGUCUUGGAGCCAUUGUAAGAGCCCGCCCAUGUCUUCUUCCUUUGAUACCACGGCACCGGAAUCGGCUUACGGGUCAUUGGCUGAAUUUGAUCCAUUGCUGAAUGAUGCCUUUCAUUCGCAGAUGAACGCUUCGGUGCAAAAACGUCGUUCUUAUCGAAAUUCGGGAAAUCAUGUGAGAGAUCAAAACGAGCCAUUGGUGGGGCAGUCAGCGACGCCGCGAUUGGACGAUCACGAUCAGACGAAUAUGAAUGGGUCACCGAAAACGCCCACCAAACUUCCCACACCGAUAACGGCGCUUCAGUCGAGCGUAUCGACGACGCAUCCUCGCAAAAGCUUACCGACGCCUCUUCGUUCCAACAGUCGACGUGUACGGACGCUGUCUUCGGUGGAUAAAGAGCUGCAAUCGGUUCCAUGGUUGGAGAACAGCAGUGGUCCGUCCGGUAUCGCGGCAACUCACUCGACCCAGGCCAACGCCUCGCCGAAAAUAGAUCAACCACGAUUAAGCACCAGUAGUACACCCCGUACUUUGCGAAAGAAUUUAAGUUAUACAGAUCGCGCACCGUCGCUUGAUUCUAGAACUCCGUUAUCAAAGCAACCACGAUCCAUCAUGCCAUCGCCCGGCCCUUCGCGCUCCGUCAGUUUUUCAUCCUCUCGUCUUGUACGUACCAAUAGUUCCAACUCUAUCGAUACCCUGUCGGACCAUCCGUCGCCUCGUUCCCGCACGGGGGCUCCAAAGACUCAAACCCAGCAACUACGAAAACCGGGUUCCUCAAAGACCCUGCGUCAGAACGAGCAUGAUAAAAGCCCCAAAGAAGCGGCCAGUCGGAAAGUCACCAUGUCAUCGUCGACAUGCCAACCACGAGCCGGUCGUGCCAACCAUGACCUUGCGCAAUUCGACCCUUAUCUCGGAUCAGCUCCUCAUUCAGACCAUGAUUCUAAACAAGCGGUCGUCGAUGCCCAUCGUUCACCGUCAUCCCACAAACCCAAAACGUCCUCCAAUGCCACACAUGGUGCACCUCAUCACGAUCGUCAAGUCAAGAUCUCCACCACCGCCGUGCCCACCGUUCACACCCCAAAAACCGAAAAAAAAUCGACUGGGUCUUUGACGAAACCAAGCUCGGGCAGAAAACGAGACACUUCCGGGAAGUUUGGCUGUGCCUCCGGUGGUGACCGCGCUCACUUUACCUCCCAUGAAAUUGGAGCCGCUGAGUUUGCAUAUACCCAACAAGAUAAAAGAUACCAACCCACGGAACAAAGCACGCACCCCCACUCGUAUUCCACUUCCAGUUUCCAAACCAUCCAAGCAAACCAAAGAAGAGACGGAUGGUUCAGCGUCCAACAGCACCGAUGAAGAUGAUACUUUGGAUCCUGUCAGUCACGAAAAACCUACCAUCAAGCUGUCGUCGAUAAAACGAAAUGAAACCGGGCCUCCAUCGGCCAAAGUCGGACCGACCACCGCAGUGUAUUCGGGAUCCACACUAAUAUCUGGUUCACUAAGCACCAAAAGCAGUCGCUCAGGAAAAGAAAACAAAACCCAAUUACCGCACGCGUCUUCU